AUGCCCUUACAGUUUCAAGGGUUGUGGGCUACAAGGUCAAGCUAUAAGAAAACAAUUAGGGCAGGAGGAUUAACAUUCACCAAUCAGAUUAAUCAGAAGAUGAUGAGCAUUUCUCCAUUAUUUCUGGGCACGCUAAGUGUCUUAAGCUUUCCUGCCCUUGCGUUGAUUGUUGGUUAUACAAUCUACGUGCUGACAAGCCAGGGAGACGAGAAAACCGUGCCUAAGUCUUAUCCAAUUGUGGGUUUAUUGUUUUCUUUCUUGAGGAACCGAAAUCGGCUCCCAGAAUGGCUAACAGAACUUCUGGAACACGCUCCUUCCAACACCAUCACUUUUCAGCGGCUCGGAACAAAGGUAGUUAUCACGGCCGAUCCACGCAAUGUCGAGCACCUGCUCAAGACUCGUUUUGAGAAUUAUCCCAAGGGCAAUUAUUUCAUGCUCCGCUUGCACGAUCUUCUUGGAAGUGGGAUUUUCAACGCCGAUGGUGAGGCCUGGAAAUUGCAGAGACGAGUCGCCAGUUACGAGUUCGGCACCAACUCUUUGCGCGACUUCAUUACAGAGAGCGUGCAAGGCGAGAUCACCCAACGCCUCCUGCCGCUACUCAGAAAAGCGGCUGCCACUAAACAGAGUGGGCUGGAUAUGCAGGACGUUUUCCAGCGAUUUGCCUUCGACAACAUAUGUAAGGUGGCGUUCGGUAUGGACCCCGGUUGCCUCGACAUUUCUCUCCCGCUUUCAGAAUUCGCAGAGUCCUUUGAAGUCGCCACCAAUUUAAGCUUGAAAAGAUUUACGGAUCCCCUGCCCUUCCUCUGGAUGCUCAAGCGGAUGUUCAACGUCGGGUCCGAGAAACGCUUACGGCAGGCAAUCCACAUCAUUCAUAACUUCGCGCAAGAUGUCAUCGAUGCGAGGAAGAAGGAAAUAUUUCACUCUCGCGGGGCACAGCGUCAAGAUCUCUUGUCCAGAUUUCUUUUCACUCACGAGAGCGCUGUUGCUGCAGGAAAGGCCUCGUACGUUUUUUCUGUGAGAGAUAUCGUAAUAAGUUUCAUCUUGGCGGGCAGGGACUCAACCUCUGCGGCGCUCACAUGGUUCUUCUGGCUUCUCUCCUCUCAUCCACGAGUCGAACAGAAUAUUUAUGCAGAAAUUACAAGCCUUGUCGCUGCCAGAGAAGAGAGCAGUUCCUGUUUCUCUUAUGAGGAACUGAAGCAGAUGAAGUAUCUGCAGGCCACUCUGUGUGAAUCGAUGAGGUUGUACCCGCCCGUUCCGUCUGAUACGAAACAGGCAUUGGCAGAAGAUGAGCUGCCGGACGGGACGGUGGUAAGGAAGGGGAUGCGGGUGAUAUACCACCCUUAUGCGAUGGGAAGAAUGGAGAGCGUCUGGGGCACCGACUGUUUGGAAUUCAAGCCAGAGAGAUGGCUGAGCAAGAUGGAGAAUGGUUCGCUAGAAUUUGUGGCACACAAUGCAUUCAAAUAUCCAGUGUUCCAGGCUGGGCCAAGAGUUUGCUUGGGGAAACAGACGGCGUUUAUUCAGAUGAAAAGCAUCACUGCGAGUGUUAUCGAAGAAUUCAGUCUGGAGGUAGACCGCAACUGGAAUCCCAAGUACGUGGCAAUGAUCACGGCUAAAAUGGAGAAUGGGCUUCCCGUACGCGUGGUGAAGAGACUUCAAAAGGUCCCCUGA